UACCGCAAAAUAAGGUUUGGGCGUUUUGUUGCCAUAGAAACGGGUGAACGUCAUCCUCGUUGGUUUUUUCCUUUUUCAUUUUGAAACCGCAAAACGCUUUCAUAACCUGAAGCAGCCACAGAAAGAUGAGCAGGAGGAUCAUUGCAGAAGACACAGACUGGCUUGUGCAGGUCACAGACCCGCUCAGGUUGUCCCACAAAUGUCUGCAAUGCAUAGUGGAAAAUUUCGAAGUUGCUGCAGACGAACAGAUUUUUACAAAAAUCACACCUUUCCAAAAAUGUUACAUCCUGGAGCGACUGUCCGUGAGUCUUCCUUUUCAUGUCACUUCCAAACUGGUCCCUGAUGGUGUUUACUGGGAAAAAUGCUGCAAGCACAGGUGGUACGCCUGUGACGUGACUGAUUAUGACAACAGCUGGAAACAGAUGUACAUCGAGAGACACUUGGGUAGUGUGAUUGAACUUUUCAUCCCAGGUGUGACAGAACCGAAGACAGUUCUAGAAAUAAUCCCGUUUUGUGAUAACUUUGUGAAGAAGCUGAGCGUCUCACAGCUGCUGCCACCUUUAAAGGAGCCUCAGGUGGAGGUGAAUGUGGAAGAGCUGUCGCUUGAUGAGCCUUGCAUGGACCACUUUGACUUUGGCCUUGUGCUUGACAAGCUGACAAACUUGGAGGAGCUUCACGUGGUUUACAGAAUCAAACAAUGUGGGCUGAACUUUGAACGGAAGAUGCAGGAGAUGACUGAUGGAGACUGUAUAUCCCUCGCCAAUGCAGUCAAAUCAUCAAAAACCCUGAAGGUGCUGAGGCUCCCUGUAAGCUGUAUCAAUGAUGAAAAGUGCUGCAUGCUGAUGUACCACCUUAUGGACUUCCCCAUCCUGAGGGAACUUGACUUAUCUCACAACAUGAUUGGAAAGAUCGGAGGCUGUGCCAUCGCCAAGCUGCUCAUCAGGAGUAAACUGGAGGUCCUCAAAAUGUACAACAACAGAAUCGGCGAUGUGGGAUCCAGCGCUAUAGCUGAGGCUUUGUCCAAGAACCCUCCUCUUUCGUCCCUCGACCUGCGUAUGAACGAAGUGGGAGACAAAGGAGGUGAGGCCAUUUUCAAAGCUCUGCAGAAAAACAACGUUCUGCUUCGCCUGCACAUGGGAAGCAAUGGGUUAACCUCGGCCACAGUUCCCGUUCUGUCUGACAUGCUGAAGAAGAAUGAAACUCUGAGCAGUCUCGAUUUAUCUGGCAACAAGCUCGAUGAGGGUGGAAUUUUAGGUUUGAAGACAACGAUGUUCAGAAACAAGAUACAGAAAGAACUAGAAUUGGCGGGUCAGAGAAAGGAAUGAGAGACACGCCGUCCUCCUCCACCGUCAUCAACUCCGUCUCAAACCUGAAGGUCAAGGAAAUAUUCAAAGUGUUCAGAACUCUUAACUUUGAAAUUAAUUUAAUUUUAUGAGUAGAUUUUUGCAGAAUGUUGGGAGAAAAUGUAUGUUUCUUCUUUCAAUAAUUUCCAAGUUCCAAGUUUUUCACCGUUAAUGUGUGUUACAGUAUGUUUCUUCUUUCAAUAAUUUCCAAGUUCCAAGUUUUUCACCGUUAAUGUGUGUUACAGUAUGUUUCUUCUUUCAAUAAUUUCAAAGUUCCAAGUUUUUCACCGUUAAUGUGUGUUACAGUAUGUUUCUUCUUUCAAUAAUUUCCAAGUUCCAAGUUUUUCACCGUUAAUGUGUGUUACAGUAUGUUUCUUCUUUCAAUAAUUUCCAAGUUCCAAGUUUUUCACCGUUAAUGUGUGUUACAGUAUGUUUCUUCUUUCAAUAAUUUCAAAGUUCCAAGUUUUUCACCGUUAAUGUGUGUUACAGUAUGUUUCUUCUUUCAAUAAUUUCAAAGUUCCAAGUUUUUCACCGUUAAUGUGUGUUACAGUAUGUUUCUUCUUUCAAUAAUUUCCAAGUUCCAAGUUUUUCACCGUUAAUGUGUGUUACAGUAUGUUUCUUCUUUCAAUAAUUUCCAAGUUCCAAGUUUUUCACCGUUAAUGUGUGUUACAGUAUGUUUCUUCUUUCAAUAAUUUCCAAGUUCCAAGUUUUUCACCGUUAAUGUGUGUUACAGUAUGUUUCUUCUUUCAAUAAUUUCCAAGUUCCAAGUUUUUCACCGUUAAUGUGUGUUACAGUAUGUUUCUUCUUUCAAUAAUUUCCAAGUUCCAAGUUUUUCACCGUUAAUGUGUGUUACAGUAUGUUUCUUCUUUCAAUAAUUUCAAAGUUCCAAGUUUUUCACCGUUAAUGUGUGUUACAGUAUGUUUCUUCUUUCAAUAAUUUCAAAGUUCCAAGUUUUUCACCGUUAAUGUGUGUUACAGUAUGUUUCUUCUUUCAAUAAUUUCCAAGUUCCAAGUUUUUCACCGUUAAUGUGUGUUACAGUAUGUUUCUUCUUUCAAUAAUUUCCAAGUUCCAAGUUUUUCACCGUUAAUGUGUGUUACAGUAUGUUUCUUCUUUCAAUAAUUUCCAAGUUCCAAGUUUUUCACCGUUAAUGUGUGUUACAUCAGCAAACUUUACCACAGGUUUGGCAAGAUAAAACAUUUUUUGCAAGCUUUUGAAUAAAAAAUGUUUUUUAAUCAA